AGCUCAGAGGCUGCAGAGAGGAGAGGGGGAAGGAUGUUGCAGGGUGAGGGUGUGGGUGUGAGGCGGGUGCUGGUGACCGGGGGCUCGGGGCUGGUGGGCCGGGCCAUUGAACAGCUGGUGCUGGCGGGUGAGAAGCUGCCCGGUGAGGAGUGGACCUUCCUGUCCUCCACAGAUGCCGACCUGACGGAUGGGGUCCAGACGCGGGAAGUGUUUGACCGCUACCGGCACCACGUGAUCCACCUGGCGGCCAAGGUGGGCGGCCUCUUCCACAACAUGAGCUGCAACCUCGACUUCUGGAGGAAGAACGUGCAGAUCAAUGACAAUGUGCUCCAGACCGCCCACGAACACGGGGUGUCCAAGGUGGUCUCCUGCCUGUCCACCUGCAUCUUCCCCGACAAGACCACCUACCCCAUCGACGAGACCAUGAUACAUAACGGACCUCCACACAGUUCGAACUUUGGAUAUUCCUACGCCAAGCGGAUGAUCGAUGUCCAGAACCGCGGCUACCACCAGCAACACGGGCGCAUGUUCACCGCCGUCAUCCCCACCAAUGUCUUCGGCAUGCACGACAACUUCAACAUCGAAGAGGGACACGUCUUGCCUGGGCUGAUCCACAAGACACACCUGGCACACAAGAACGGCAGUCCUCUUGUAGUCUGGGGCUCAGGGAAACCACGCAGGCAGUUCAUCUACUCGCUGGAUCUGGCUCGGCUAAUCAUCUGGGCCUUGAGGGAAUACCAGGAGAUCGAGCCCAUCAUCCUCUCUGUGGGAGAGGAGGAGGAGGUGUCCAUUAAAGAGGCGGCAGAGUGCAUCGUGGCUUCCAUGGGCUUCAAAGGCCAGGUUAUUUUCGACACGAAUAAAUCUGACGGCCAGUACAAGAAGACGGCUAACAACGGCAAGCUGAGGACAUACCUGCCCGACUUCCAGUUCACCCCCUUCAGCCAGGCUGUCAAGGAGACCUGCGACUGGUUUGUAGCCAACUACCACGCGGCCAGGAAGUGAGGCAGGGCAGGUGCCGCCUGCCCGCGUGUGGUCUGUUCACGCACGGUGGGGUGGGGUGGGGGGGGGGGAGUGAUGUCGGCUUGGGAGUAGAUAGCGGUGAUAGUCUAUGGGUGCAGUAACGGGGCCUGACCCAGCGAGCGAGCACACACGUCCAGCUUCACCUCCUACACAAUCUCUUCGCCUCAGCCACCUCUGUGCUGCACCUCAGGGCUUCAAUAGUGCCUCUACCUGUAGUCUCUGUGUUUGGGCUUGGGGAGGGGGAGGGGGAGGAAAUGCCCCCGUAUCUCUGCCAGAACAUGCUUUUGCUGCCGUCUCCCUCAAACCCAACCCCUCCCCCUCCACACACUGCUACCUCACCCCCUCUGAGGUGGUGGACAAGCUGGGUUUGAUAGGACAUCCAACACCACAGUGAAGAGGGAGAACAGAGUGUGGUUUUAGUCUAGUCCAGUGCAGGCCAGCUGGUCCCUGUGAGCUGGGGAGGGGGGAGAUACAUGGUCAGUGACCCAGCCCACUCUGGUCAUUGGACUUUGCCCCCUCUGCCUGUUAUCAGAGGCUCCACCUGAGAUACAGAGGGGUGCACAAGCCCAGCCUAUGCUAGAGGAGAUGCGACCAGAGGCUGGAACCCAUGGAGGUGGUGGUUGGUUGGACAAUAUCCACCGGCAGAAGCUUGCUGCUUAAUUAGCAAGUUGAUUUUUAGUGAGGUACUAAUUUUGUACAGCAAUUGUAUUAUUAAAAAGGUUGUUGCUAUCAAA